CAAGUUUUAGGUUGGGACACAAACUCAAGUUGCGAUUUUCUCGAGAAAGUUUUUCAGUAAAUAAAGAAUUUUCCCGCGUUUUUUUACACUCUAUCUUGUUUACAACAGAGGAGUGAUGAGGGAAAAUGGAGUCUUGGGUCGAACUUGUCGACAUCUUCAUGAACUCUCCAUGUCCUGAAUCAGAGGCAUCGCUAUGGUUACGACAAUCUUUCAACGCCUCAUCGACCACUACCACAAACUCCUUCAUUUCAUUGCUCACAAAACCCUUUGAAACCGUUGUCGUCGACUCGUCCUCUACUUCACCUUCCUCACCUCCUCACACUAAAAGGGUUAUGUGGAUACAGACGCUACCAAAUACGGUUCAGUCUCGAAUUCUCUCUUUUCUCGCUUUCGAUCGCCAAAGAUUUUGCGCUAGUGACUUGACUAAGCUUGCACAUAAUGUAUUGAAUGGGAAUCUAGAGAUUGAUUUUUGGGUAAAGAAAACUGCACGUCAGCUGCUCGACGCAGUGUCUCAGUCGGAUUAUGAAUGGGUUUCUUCUUUGAAUUUAGAUUCUGAAGAAGAUAGAGUGGAUGAAGAGUUUGAGUCGUUGCCGAAUUGGCUAAAGGAGGAGGCAAGUACUAAUGAUUUGGUUCUUCCAUGGCUUCCCAUAUCAACCGAAGAAUUGAAUUCGAGAAUGUCAUUUGGUACUUGUGGAGAUGUUGAAGAUUCAGAAAUUGAAGUUGAUGAGGAGGAAGAAGAUAGGUUAAAUGAAGUUGUGGACGAAGUGAACAUGGGUUGUAUCGAAAAUGACACUGUGAACCCAGAAAUUGAAAAGAAGGCGGCUUGUUUGAGAACACAGAUAUUGACCUUUGAAUCUGUUUCAAGAACUGUAAAUCUAGCGAAUGAAAUACGCCAACUUUGCUUGGAAAGAGGAGCAGAUUCUUUAACAGUUUUGGGAUUGAUUGAACCUUGGGAAGCAGAUGACGAGACUGGUUCAGUUCUGAUUUCUCAUGUUUGUGAUGGAAGCGAAGAGGAACUCGGUUGGCCAAGUCAUGUUCUUUGCUCAAUUCUGCUUCCUAAAUUGUUAGUACUUAAAGAACCAGCUUCUCGUGUGCUAGUGACUGCUACAAUAGAGUACUGCAAGAUUCAUCAAAGGGCUGCUGUGUAUGCGCUGUUGUUUCCAUUGAUUCUCCGAAAAGAAGGUAUUAACAACUCUAUCUGCGAUGUGACCACAAGGAUCAUUAAGGAAUGCUUGCACCCCGCUCAUGUUUCUGCCUUCUGCCAGAAGCUGCUAAGUGGAGAAGAAGACACGAGGAAAUUCAUCUGCCUGCCAUGCCACCAAGAUCUAAUAUCCAAUGAAUUGGUAUGGACAGAAUCAAUGUUUCACUUGUUCCAGAAUAUCUUGAAUCAUAAUGUUCAUUUGACACUAGAUUCCAUUGAUCAACUCGUUAACAAGGUUUGGUUAUCAGCUGAGAGGUUUUACAAAUCUCUGAAGUUUGGAAAUUUUGUAUUAUGCUUAGUCACCAGAUGUGGUCCAUUAGUCAAGUCUCAUAAGCUUUCAUUAACUGAAGCAGUUGAGCAUACUGAUACUCUCGUGACCAAAUCUAUAUUGUCAAAAUUGGCUAGCUUGUGAUUAGUUUAGGAAUAUUUCUUCUAAAACAGUUUUUCUGCUUCAUCUUCAGUUGUUUCUGGGAACAGAGGUACUGAAAAUGUUGUUAGGUGUCACUUCGAAGCUAAUUUCAAUUUUAUUUGGCUAUGAUCAUGAUUCUUUAUCCACAA